AUGCCACAUGCCGUUCGGCUUCUGAUCUCCCUGGCUGCUGUCGCGCAGCAGGGCGGCGGGUGGUGGCUGCACAGCAACGUCACCAACCAGACUGGGGCGGAUGCCGGGCCUCGAGACGAGUCCAAGUGGGCGCAGCUCCGUGAGUGGGUUGUGUCCCACGCGAAUGUUGGCAGCGAUUGGGCUGCUUGGCUCACAUGGCCCGACGCUCAGGGUGUACCGGAGCGGAUGUGGUCGUGGGACAGCGGUUUGUGCAUGGUCCUCGACACUGCAGUGAGUUUCAUCGGCUGGAUGCUGUUCGGGAACUCGUGGCCAGGCGUGAGGACGGGCUGCCAGCGCAUCUUCCGACUCUUGGCAUUGCUGCUGCUGUGCAUGGGUGCCCACUACCUGUGGGCUUUGUGCUGGCCGGUGCUGUCGCUGAUCUCUGUGGUCGUGAUGGGGGUCGUAUGGCUAGUGAGGGCCAUCGUCCGCAAGCUUGGGACGUUGGUCUACUGGGCUCAGCAGGCGGCUGGGGGCGUGCCUGAAGCCUCUGACGCCGAGUUCUUGGGCCCGGGUACGGGAAGGAUUCCCGAAACCGCGGACCUCCGAGCCUUCAAGAAAGUCGGUGGCGCUGACAAGUGGAUCCUGAUUCGUCGCGGCGGGCAUGUGGCGGUCUUCAAGGCGGGCAGCGACUCCCAGACAAUCAGAACGCCCGGCCUGUUUGUCCCUGUCGAGCCGGACACGAUGCGGGGCGACAAGGAGAUUGUGGAGGCGUGCCAGGGUUACGACAAGAUUCAUCUUUGCCGCAACCUGGUGUGCAACGAGGAGGGCCAGCACUUCAAGGAGUACGGCGUGGCUCGCGAUUUCGACGGCGAGCGCUUCCAUCUCAAGAACGCGGAGCUCGGCGCAGCCAAAGCGGGUCGAGCUUUGUGGUCAUGGUUGUGGGCGUCACCGGCCAGGCCCCCUAAACCGCUGAAGGAGUUCGGAUCCGAGUCGGAGACCGAGCCAGCCAAGGCGUGUGGUGCUCACCGUGUUGCCUGGGCCGAUCUUGCCGGGGAUUGCAGCUUAGCGACCCAGCCUUGCCGGAUGCCGGGCACCACCUUCUGUGACCUGCUCUUUGAGGACCGGUUUGAUGAUUUGGGUCGUGUAGAUCUUUGCCCUCAGCAUGCUUUGGACUACGAACGACGGCGGCGACCUCAGCAGUGCCAUCACAACGGUUGUGCUCAUGUGGGAAUUCUGGGCGAGUCUGGCGAUGGUGUUCGUCGGUGCCGCCUCCACACUUUGGGCGAGGUCCGAAAGCCGAGCUCUCGCAGACGCUCGCCGGCUCGCCCUCCUCAGCCUGUACAAGACGAUCCGGAGGAACCUGAGCUACCGCCACGAGGUCAUGACGGUGCCGAAGGGCUUCGUGAUCUUAAGCGCCUCCUCGCGGAGGUAAAGUCAGAAGGCGGUGAGCCAGAGAAGCGAGUGAGGGGAAGUUCGCCGGGCCGCACGCCGCGGUCGAGCAUCCAGAAGAAUUUGGCGAAGUUGGGCUUGCUGGACUCACCGGCCAAGGAACAUCCCCUUCCUGUGCUUGAGGAGUUCUUCAACCAGUAUGCUGAGGGGCGCGAUGCUGGGCUAUCAGAGGAGGACGUGAGAGUGAGCAUCGCCGCUGAGCGGGGCCAGACGCUGAAGGAGGUGACCAAGGAGCUGGUGCGGGCGGCCAUUGUGGAGCAGGAGAAGGGGCAGCGUGGCCUCACCAAGUUCUUGAAGGCCUGGCAGAAGCCCUCAUCGACACGGGGCUCUUCGCCAGCCAGCGUGGCGCGGGGCAGCUCGGCUCCAUCUUGGGACUUGGUGGAAACGUCCCCUGAGAAGCCACCGAGCCUGCAGGACCGUGCUCCCGGGCCUCUUCGAAUCGGAAAUCCGGGCAUCUUUGGUGUGGAGGAUCGCAAAGCAGGGGCGACGGACUCAGGCGCCUUCGACGAGAUCGCUCGAGCCAUCCAGUCGCAGACGGCGGAGAUUGCCUCCCUGGUGAAGAGUCACACGGAGAACACCGCGGUUCCCCCCGGCACCAUCAAAGGGCUGAACAGGACGUCCGAGGAGUUGGUCUUCUUGCUCCGGGCCUGCAACCAGUACCAGGUCACGGUCGGUGCAGGCGAACAAGGUCAAGCGCUGGCGAACGCGCUCCUAUCGGCACAGGUGGGAGCAUCGACCAAGCUGCGCCGGGCGGGCUUCAAGCAGAAGGUCACUUCGAGGCUGGCGAUCGGCUUGGCGGGUCCAUACUGGGGCACUCAGGAGAAGCACGCAUUGAACGCCACGGAUUUCGUCGCUCACACCGACGCGGAGUUGGACGCCUUCGUGCAGGAGCUCAGGUCCAGUAAAGCCGGCCCAGAUCAGAGGCCGCAGCCCCCAAGCAAGCUCGAGGACUGGGAGGGUCGCGUCAGGCGCCAGAACGAUGUUUGGGCCCUCGUCUACGGCAGCGAGUGGAAGCCGGUGCGCACCCAUGCGUUGGAGCGGCUUUUGGAAUGGCACCAAGCCGAGCCCCACAAGUGGCCCCUCACCGUGCUCAUGGAUGUGUGGGAGGAGCUGCAUUGGCGUUUCUUCGAGGAGCUUAAAGAGACCCUCAGGCUGCUCAAGAAGGAGGCGGGGCGGGAGACCAUGUCGUUGCCGGAUAUCAAGUUCUACGCCUUAAUGCCGAAUGCUUCGGGUACUGCGUGGCUAGAGCUCCCUGGCACCUUCGACCUUCGUUUCCCGGAUGGUUGGUUCAUGACGGAGGUCCUCCCGCGUAUCGAGAGGAAGCAGGAGCGGAUGCUGUGGCGACUCACUUGGGAGGGCACUCGCAGCGCGAAGCCAUCAACUCACGCUGGAGGGGAGCAGAAGCCUGACUCGCCAGCCAAGCCGACGGUGAAGGUGCUAUGGGGCCCGAAGCUCUCUACUGAGGAGGUGAACAAAGCCAAGGAGCGUGCUCCCCUGGACCAGGACGGGCUGCUGUUGUGCUGGGGUGCCCUUACGCACAUGGGUUGCAGCAACACCGCGUGUGGCCGGUCGCAUUCUGAGCUUCGGGGCAAGUUUGAGGCCCUCGACCCGUGCGUCCAGAUGCAGUUGCUUCGUCGAGGUGGUCUGAGGCGGAUGAGGCCGGAGACGAAGGACUCCGUCACCGAGAAGAUCAAGGCUCUGAGAGUGGCGGUCGUCAAGGACAAGGCCGCAAAGACCACGGAUCGCAAGUCGGGCCAAGGUGAUGAUGUCCAGGCGCCCGGUGAGACCAGAGCGGGCGGCGAGAAGGUCGUGCAGUUCGAGGAGAUUCCCGACGAGUUCGGAGCGGUCGACUACACGGCGGCGGAGGAGGACCUACGCGAGGCACUCAAGGGGCCCGACCGUGCAUGGCUGCAAGGAGGGGGCGAGGCCAACCUCACGGCGGCCGAGGUUACUGGAGAGUCAGCUCCUCAGGAAGCGAAGGACUUGGUGGCGCGGGCUGAGGCCCUCGCGAACGGGCCAGUGUUAGGCCAACUUCGGACUGCCUCAGAUGACUUGUUUGCUUGGGCCGCCACACGGGUCGCGAUGAACCCUCACGCCAGCUUGGAGGAGAUUUUGGGCGAGAUGGCCACCUACGGCAUGGGCGAGAUGGCGGCGGAGGCCACGGACAUCCUGGAGGCACAAUGCGGCGCCCGCGCGGGCUCUACAGGGGGCAUCCAGGUGACGGAGGUUGUUUGGGAGCCUGGCCGCCCCGGGAGGGCGACAGCGACCAUAGAAGGAGCCACGUGGACGAUUUGGGACUACCGGGAGGAGGUUCGCAUGUCGGAGGAGUUGGCCAGUAUGCUCCAGCAGCCUGAGGAGGGUGCUGAGAAGCGUCAGUGUGUCACCAAGGCGAUUGCGGCAGGCAUCAUGUGGCGGCAGCGCGCUAGGCAACCGAGCCCACGAGAGGUGGAGGAGAAGGCCCUUGAGCUACGGCUGGAACAGACGAGGCUCGCUUUGGAGGCCCAGGCAGUCAUGGGCGAGCCGGCCCAGAAGGUAGCUCCCAUUGAGGCCGAGAUCCGCAUUUACACCCACGACACCGUCCGCGCGAACCACGACAAGGAUUUCCGGUCGCUGGCGGUGUUUCCUUUGGCCGAGCUCGAGGACUGCAAGUUGGUGGUGAUCAGGGCCGACUACAAGGGCGAUGUUGUGGUGGAAACGGUCACGGGGCCGCUGUGGCGGGAUGGUGGUUGGACUCUUUGGACCUUGAUCUGGAGGGGCCACAUGGUUUUCCUUGAACCCCCACCGGGCAUGCAGGCCGAAGUUUUCUUGGACCGCUGGCAGCCGUACGACACCCCCGCACUGGGCUUCCUGUUCUUCUGGCACACUCGUCACGAUCAGGAGCGCACUUCACCCGGUGUUGUUCAGUGCAGACUGUGCCGAGGCCGCAAAGCAGGCGAGGCGGUGGUCCACGUUAGGCGGGAGAGCAAUCUGGCAGCGGCGGCCAUUGUGGGCUGCAUCCGCGCGGGCUCCAGACCCAACUUCGACAAGGUCUCUGUUCGGGGUGCUUCGUUGUGCUUUCAGGAGGUCUUCGCCGGCGCCGCCGUCAUGACAGCAGCUUGGGCCGCCGCGGGGAUCAAGGUGCUGGAGCCUGUUGAGUUGUGGGCGGAUCCAGUCAAUCGCGUCGGCUAUCGCCCGGACCAUGACUUGACCAAAGGGGAGGUGCAGAAACGCCUCCUUUAUCUUGCAGGCAGCGGCGACGCAAACGUCUGGUGGAUUGCCUCCCCUUGCACAAGUUUCUGCGAUUGGUGCGCUCAAAAUGGGGGCACUCGCACCUUUCAGUGCCCAUGGGGUGGCCAAGGCGACCGACCCCAUAAGGAGGUAGAGCUUCAGGGCAAUACGCUGAGCAAGGUCGGUGCGGAGCUCUUCCUCAACGCCCUGCGCAACGGCGCCUUUCCCAUUGCCGAGUCCUCGGGCAAGUCUGGUCGUUAUCCCAAAAUGUGGGAUUUGCCUUGGUGGCGGGAGAUCCUUCGCCGCCCCGACGUGCAAUUUGUGGAGUUUCCCAUGUGCGCCUUUGGCUUGGGGCCGCCUGACGGUGAAGGCUACUAUCAUCAUCGCACGCGGCUGGUUUUCCCACGAUGUGAGGCUUUUGCGGCCGCCCUGUCGCGGUGUUGCCCGGGCGUUGGAGCAGCUCAUCGGCACGUUCCUCUGGCUGGCGCUCGACCGGGGGCCGCACAGUCCAGGUGCGCAGAGGCGGGCGUCUACCCCCAGGAGUUUGUGCGCACCGUGGUGUCCACCUUGCAGCAGGUGCUGGUCGCGGGGGGUGAGGACAGCAGGCCACAGUGGCCGGUGGCGGAGGAGACGCGAGCGGGCUCCGAUGAGUGUGACGUUGGGCCGUGGGCCCCCCACUGGGCAAGUAGGGCCGGUGGCGAUGUUUCAGGCCGGUGCGGUGGCCGCAGUGGUUGGCUGCACGAGCUCGACGAUGACUACGUCGAGGGCUGCGAGGGCACGAUCGGCUUCGCGGGCGACUUCCCCACGGGUGGCUGGGUGGUGAACGGCGAGGACACGAGGGCGGGCAGUGCCGAACGCUACGAGGCCCCGACCGAAGAGGCGAAGAUCGCGGCCCAGACUUACAUCGAGCUCACUGGAAAAGGGGGCCCCGGGUGUCCCGAGGCCUGGAAGCGGGUCUGUGAUGGAGGUGCACGUCUGGUCCAGGAGGCUGGGUCGGUCAAGCUUGCCGCUGAGAGUCUGUGGGCGGUGCGCGAGGAGAAGGGGCUCAACAACUUGAAAGGCGUCGACGAUUCCCGAUUGGACACCGUCCUGCACCCGGACCUCCUGGAGUACCUUCGCGACGUUCGCAGGCGGGGCUUGGCUGCACGGUUCGUGGGAGAGCGCAAGCGGUGCCAGGCGAAGGUCCACCCAAAUGGGCGGCGGAAUCUGGCUCAAGUGUACCGCCAGAUUUGGAAGGACGUGUGCAAGCUUCGUGUCUUGGUCGUGCCGGCAGGGUUGGAGAUGGGCCCGGUGAUUUCGAGCCCCUUUGAUGCUGUUGACAAGAUGCUGCCGGACCGCUCCAUCGCCCCCGACAAGCGCAUUGUGCACGACCAGAGGGUGAUCAACGAGGGCACUCACAAAGAAUGGCAUCCCCCCUCUGUCCAACCACGGCAUGAGCAGAUCGCGAGGCUAGUGCUGUUUGCGAAAUGCCAGCUGCCGGGCGUCGAGGUCUUGAUGAGCAAGAAAGAUGUGGCGGGGGCCUUUCGGCUGCUGUGGGUCGAUCCCAGGGAUGCCGAGCUGUUUGCGGGUGACCUCCCAUGGGUUCCAGAGGAGAUGGAAGAGGGCGACACGGCGACCGGGGAGGGCAUGACCAUAGUCUACCUAGUCAGCUCCUUUGGCUUUUCUGGCUCGCCGGGUGAGUGGACGAUGUGGGGCAAAGCUACCGAGGAGUUCCUACGACGUCAUUGCCCCGCGAAACCCCGACGAGACCUGGCCUGGGCGUUUGAGAGCCGCAUCCUCGUCGACGACAACGUGCUGGUUGAGCCCCUGGUGGGCCUGAGGCCUUGGGUGGCGAGUGAAGUGUACGAGCUCGGGGUGAAGACGCUCCUCGGCGAUGCGGCAGUGAAUCGGGAGAAGGACCUCGUGGAAGGCCCGUUUCGGACGUUCCAGACGGUGUGGGGCUUGGACAUGGACACUGCGACGGAGGAGAUCCACCUGCCGGAGAGACGAAUCCUCAAAGGGGCCCACCUUCUUAGCGACGGGGCCUUCGAGUACGGCUGCAAGGAUCUAACGGUGCGUGCGGUGCAGAGGUUCCGUGGUCUGGCGACUGGUUGGACCGUGAUCGUCCGGGGGCUCAAGAACGAGCUCAAGGCGGCCGACCGAUUCUUGGGUGGUGGAGGCGAUGGCGGCGCAAAAGUGUGCCCGAAGCUGGCGGUUCCUGGGGAUGCCGAGGAGUGUGAACAGGCUUGGCGUGACCUUUGGGAGCUGUUCGAGGAGUCGCGAUGGCUGUGUGCACGACCGGAGACGUGGCCUACGAAGUUCGGAGCCAGCAUGCGCGAGCUCCUUCCGAUCCGUGAGCGUCUCGCUCUCCCAGGCGAGUGGGAUGCUGGGACUGUCUUUGUGUCUUCCGAUGCCACCAAGGUCAUGAUCGCUGCCAUCGACUGGACCAGCGGUUCCGUGAUGAGGAUGAAGGCCAAAGCGGCAGCUGAGUGGGUUCAACGGUGUGGCGAGGAGGACGAGGUCGCCAUCCAUGUCGCCGAGAUGCUGUCGUUCCUGGCUUUUGCGUGCCAGGUCGGGGAGUCGUGGCAGGGCAAGAUCGUUCUCUACGGCGGGGACAACAAGAUCGUGAAGGAAUGGAUCGUCGGCAGGAAGGCGGGCACGAGGGUGGGACGUCUUCUCGUGCGCGUGAUCAACCUGCUGGAGAUGCGCUUUCGCUUCGCACUUGUGGCCACGUGGUGGAGGACCUUUCACAAUGUCCACGCCGACCUGCUCACCCGGUGCUCUGAUGAGGAGUUCGACGCGAUCGUGAAGGACAAGGGUUGGGAGGUCGUCGACGUUACGGAUGCCCUCCGGCAGGCGAUGAUCGACUCGGAGCGCUUUGGGCCCUGUUUGCGGCUGAAGCGGGCGGUGCCACACACGAUCGCACCCAAAUGGAGCGACUUCCGCGCGGUGGAGCUGUGUGGUCCGGACCGGGUCGUCAAGGACUUUGUCGAGGCCGCCAUCGCGGCGGGUGGCCAGGGACGCUCAUCGUCUUGGUCGGGGCCGGUGUUCCCAGCUGAGGUGGUCUUUGCCUCUUUACCGCCCGACCUGCACGCCAAGGUGAUCUUGACGGCCAGCAGGACCGCCAUUGAGGGGAAGGCGCAGCUCGUGAUCUUCGAGGGCCCGCGGCAAGUGCCCUGGGAGAAGGCGGCGAGGCUCUUCGAACGGGCCAUGUGGGACACUGAGGUUUGCGAGUUUCUCACCACGGAGUUUGGCGAGCUUGCUGCGAGGAGGCGGAAAUGCAUGGUGGCGGCUCCACAUGGAUCUGUCCAGGGUCUGUUCGUUGCCAACACGUCGAGGGGGACACUGGCACCGCCGAUGAGUGCUGUGCUGGGUGAUGCGCGUUCGACGUCGGUGAGCCAGUGGAUCUACCCGGACACGAUCCUCGUCGACUCUGGCAUUCCCCGUGAGCCCCUUUUGCCUCUCCUGAAGGGCCACUACUGGGUGAAGGGCGAGAGGCACGUGCUGAUGAGCACGAGCGGGCCGCUGCGCUGGCCGCUGUGUGAGAACGGCAAGAUCCAGCAGUGUGUUGUUUGGGAACCCAGGGGCCCACCUGGUGCAGUGCGGCUUCUCACGGAGGCAGAAGUGUGGCUAUGUCAAGGGAGGCGGCCGACGGCUUGGGAUCAACUUCGCGGCGAAGGACAUGAGCCCGGGUUUCUCUUGAGAGAAGGAAGUAAGGCCACCGGGGGGCAAACCGCAGCGGCACUUGUGCUCAUGGCGGGCUACUCCGUUUCUUCCGACGCUCGAGCCGGAGGAGUAUGGGAUAGCUGGGACGAUGCGAACCUCGCAAAGGUGUUGGAGUGGCUGCGACGGUGGAAGCGUGGACUACUUUCCCGAGCAGCUGGACAAGAAGACGAUCGGCGGGCCGGAGGGUGCGAGCCUCGAGUUCAUGAAGGCGGCCGAGCGGGCGAGAAGGACGGCGACUCGGGCAGCUACAUCAAGAAAGUCACCGUGUGGAGAUGGGGCGAUGUGCUGUGGCUGCCCGCUUCCAGCAGCGAGGACGAGGCAGAGGACGAUCCCAGGCGGGCCGGAGCUCCAAGAGGGGGCACUCGUCGUGGAAAGGCUGAAGCGGCACAUGGGGCCGCGCAGGUGCAUAUCGAACCGGGCCCGGUCAGACCGUUCACCGGUGAAGUCGGGGCUCAUGUCGAGGAGUGCGUCGAGGACAACUUGUGUGGCUACCUCGCUGACAGCACGGCGAAGCAGUACGCGGGCAUCUACAGCAAAUGGAGGGCCUGGAGUGCGAGACAAGGGUGGCCUACGGAGUUCCUCGACAAGUCGGAGCCGGUCGAGGCGAACGAGAACAAGUUGCUCGGAUUCCUCGGGUACCUGGGCUGGCUGGGAAACUCAGUGGCUUCGCUCAAGCAGGCAGUGUUCGCGAUCAAGGACGGGCACAAACGUGGAGGCCAAGGUGAUCCCACUGAGAAGAUGCACCGUCUAUGGAUGCUACUGGGUGCUUUGGACAAAAGAGCACCAAAAAGGCCCAGGCGACUGGGCGUUACGCCGGGGAUGCUCAAAUGGAUCGCUGAGGAAAUGGGCCCCCAUCUGGCGGCUACGGCGGAGGAGCGCUUCGACUCAAUCAUGGUUUUGGCGGCCCUCAACACGGCAUGGUUUUUCAUGCUGCGGGCGAAGGAGUAUUGCGAGUCCAACGGGGUCGACUAUGCCAUGAUCAUGCGAGGCGUCGACCUCAAGAUCGAAUGCGAUGAGAAGGGCGAGGCCUUUGUCACCCUCCAGUUCCGCAAGACGAAGACGGAUCAGGAGGCCUUCGGCACGUGCAAGACGAUGUACGCCUCGGGUGUCAAAGAUCUGUGUGUGGUGGAGGCCCUGCUACGCUUCCGAGGGAUUGCCCCCCAACGCUUCGGGCACGGAGGCGAGGCUCUGAAGCCACUUUUCCGGUGGGCCAAUGGGCAGAUGCUGAAGAGGACACAGGUCCAGUACCUUCUGCAGCAAGCCGCAGCUGGUGUGGGCCUGCCUCCCGGGAGGUUCAUGUCCCAUUCUCUCCGCAUUGGCGGAGCAUCGGCGCUCUUCCAGGCCACGGGCGAGAUCGAGGUGGUGAAGCGAACGGGACGGUGGUCGUCAUCGGCUGUUCAACGCUACCUUCAUGAUGGCGAGACGGCCUUGAAGCAGGCUGCGAGCAAGAUGGCUUCUGUGGAACAGCGAGUUCAUUACACUUGA